CAAGAGAGAAAGACAAGAGAGCGAGAGUCAUGUAAUCACAACACAGUUUUCGUCGUCGCGCCUGGGUCAUGACGUUUCUCGCGAUUGUCUGGUGCGAAUCGUUUCCAUAAGAAUAAACAACAUCGCGCAGGGGGCAAAGAAAACGGCUGGAUUCCUCAGAUAUUUGAAAUUGGUCAUCCACACUGAAAGAAAUCUUUUUUUUCGUCUCGAGCUUUCUUCUUGGCUGAUUUCUGUGCAUUAAGUUAUGUCAACAGCUGCACUAAUCACCUUGUGUAGAUCUGGUGGCUUUCAAGUGAGAAGACGAGGAUUGUUGACCUUCAAGUUGCUUCAGGACGAAAAACGGCUGGUGGUUCUUUACCAUACUACGACUGGUGAUCGAAGGUCAUCUCGGUUUGAUGUAGAUGGUGGUGGCCGUCUAACACCAUGGGAUUCUUUUGGUAUUUGGGACAACCGCAUCGAUGAACCAAUUCUGCUUCCACCAAGUAUAAAAUAUGGCAAACCCAUUCCAAAUGUUAGCCUGGGAAAAGUUGGGUGCGUUACUCAAAUAGGCCAACGCAGAGAAAAUGAGGACCGUUUCAAUAUUGGAAUGCUGACUGAUAACGUGAUGUAUUUUGCAGUAUAUGAUGGACAUGGUGGAACAUCGGCAGCUGAUUUUUGUGACAAGUACAUGGCUAAGUAUAUUGUGAAAUGCCUUUCGCAGGAGGAAGAUCUGGAAAUCGUGCUGACUAAAGCAUUUUAUGAGACGGACAAGGAAUUCGCAAGACAAGUUCAUUUAUCUAAAAAUGCCUCCUUCCUUUCCUCUGGGACAACUGCCACGGUGGCUCUUUUACGUGAUAGUAUUGAGCUUGUGGUGGCAAGUGUGGGUGAUAGCCGGGCAAUUCUUUGUCGUAAGGGAAACCAUAAGCGGCUGACUGAGGACCACACUCCAGAAAGAAAGGAUGAGAGGGAAAGGAUAAAGAAAUGUGGAGGAUUUGUUUCAUGGAAUAGUCUGGGCCAACCACAUGUAAAUGGGAGAUUGGCUAUGACUCGCAGUAUAGGAGAUCUAGCUUUAAAAUCUGUCGGAGUCAUUGCUGAGCCAGAAACCAGGCGAGUUAAGCUACAACAUGGAGAUGAUGCUUUCUUGGUUUUAACAACAGAUGGAAUUAACUUUAUCAUGAACAGCCAAGAAAUCUGUGACCAUAUCAGUCAAUGCCAUGAUCCAAUAGAGGCUGCCCAGGUUAUUGUUGAACAGGCCCUACAGUACGGUGCAGAAGAUAACAGUACAGCAGUUGUAGUUCCAUUUGGUGCAUGGGGGAAACACAAGAACUCUGACAUCAGCUUUUCAUUCAGCCGAAGCUUUGUCUCCAGUGGAAGAUGGGCGUGAAAUUACACCACUGGAUAGACUAUCAUCUGAAUGCUGCACAUUAUUCAGUUUUGAAAAUACUAUCCACUUUAAAAACCACCUUCAAAGACUAUAUGCAUAAUGUUUUCAUUUGGGGUGUGUCAGUCAUGUGAAGACUUGUAAUGUGAAUAAAGGCAGCUAGCUAGAUGUAUAAUUAAA